AUGGUGGCAGAUGAAGAGAAGGUGGAGGCCAACCGGGCAGUCACUCAAGAGACUCAAGACACAAGAAGCACAGCUACUCAAGAUGUAGAUUCAAACAAAGAGUUUGAAUCUCUGAAUGAGUCCACCAGUUCAAAUCCUGUACGUCAAGAAAUUGUCCUGAGCGAAGGAUUUAACACGGCAUUAGAGCAUGCCCCUACGCCCAUGGCACUGCAAUCAUUGAAUUAUCGGAAGACUUUCCAUGCUUCUAAAACUCUCACCAAUCUCGCCGUGGCUAUGUAUCUUUUAGCCAUGUCGAUAUUUCCACUCUGGUGGUCCGCUUUUUCGGAGAUAUUUGGUCGUCGGACAAUGUACUUGAUGUAUUUCGCGUUUUUCACGUUAUGGAGUGCUAUCGCAGCAAUAUCCACUUCCAUGGCAAUGCUGAUCGUAAUGAUAGUGUUGGGAGGUGGUGCAGCUACCUCUGUUUUGGCUAUGGGUGCAGGAACCAUUGCGGAUAUUUGGGAAUCAAAGGAGCGUGGACGUGUGAUGGGGAUAUUCUUCCUUGGUCCUAUGUUGGGACCGCUUCUAGCUCUAAUUAUUGGUGGAGCAGUAGCAGAGAAAUGGGGCUGGCGAAGUACCUAA